UUCUAACCCACGUAGAUACCGUUGCUAACAACUCAUGUUGUUGCCCAAAACCUACCGAGAGAAGCUUCAACUAGUUUUCACCUUCUUUCCGUGCAGUAUAAACAUGUCUAUGGGAAGAUCAACCAAAAGUGCCCAUUCAGAAAGCAGAGAUGUAGAUGAUGGGACAGAAUUAGAGAAAGACAAGCUGCUAAGACAGUACAGGAUCAUGGAUGGAGACCGACAGGCCUACAGCAUUCAGGCCCGCCAGCAGAUGCAUAAACAACAACAGGAGAUCGACAAACUCAGGGCGGAGCAGGAGGAGCUGAAGCGUAAACUGGGCGCUUGCAAGAGCUUGUCCCAUCAAAAGAAGGACAAGAAGGAUGCAAAGCGCCUUCAUGCACUGAUGGAGCACAGAGACUCGCUGGAGGUGGACUUGGAGAAGGAAGUGCUGCAGCAAAAAGAGAUACAGAAAGAGAUCUCAAGCAUUGAGAUGAAGCUAAAAGAGCUGAGGAAAAAAGAGGUCAGCACAGGUGACACUCAAAAGUCCGCAGCAAGGCAUAAUCAGAAGGCCGUAAGAACACUGGAAAACAAACUGGAAGGAUCCUUGACCCGCUUUAACGAACAGUUAACCAAGAACAGCCGCCUCAGAGAGGAGCUGCAGACUCUUCACAUCGAGCGAGUGCGAUUCCAGCGGCUACACGACAGGCUGGUCCAGGAGAUCCAAGAGGUCCGGAAGAAGAUUGGGGAAGUAGUCACCGUGUCUACCGUAGACCACGAUGCAAGGGUGGAGGCUCAGUCCAAGUUGUCGAUGAUGAGAGAGAAGGCUGACAAAGAGAGUGCCCAGUACAACACUGAAAUGAGGGAGCUUGAAAGAGUUAUUUCCCAUGAAUGCGGCCUUAAAGACUUCAUCACCACCAAAUACAGCGAGAAUACAAGCCAGGAUGAUGAGCAGGAGGAGGCUGGGCCUGAACAAGUGGCAGGUGUAAAGGAGCAGGGGAAGAUAGGCUCUAGUGAGGAGUCGCAGGAUGAUUUGGAGGCGUUCUUUGAGAGGAUUCGGUCUGUGACAGGAGAGGACGACCUAGACUUGCUGGUCACCAGGUUCAUGCAAGCUGAAGACCGUAAUUUUGCCCUCUUUAAUUUUGUAAAUGAGCAAAACAAUGAGGCUGAGGUGCUUCGGGAUCAAAUAAGUCAGAUCCAAGAGGAGAUGGAGCGCUUUCGACUGAGAGGUUUGAAACAGGAGGAGGCUCAAAAUGCUUCGCUGAGAGAUAUCGACGUUCAAGAGAAGGAAGCCCAGUUGCAAGCUCAGGACUACGACGCCCGAGCUGGCAUCUUAAGCAAAGUCCUGGAGGAAAUUGAAACAGGGGUUAGCAGUAUCUUCUCUGAAGUGGCGUCCGACCCCUCUGCAAUGGAGGACCCCGUUAGUGAUAGCAACUUGAUGUCCUACCUGGGUGUCGUAGAACAAAAGGCCAACGAGCUCCUCACCAUACAAGCCUUCCUUGAUAACAAGGAAGUUGGAAAGGAGUACAACACAUGCGAUUUGCCCAAACUUAUUUUUGGCCGAACCACAGAGAUGCUCCAGGAGAACCUCCAAGCUUCAGUUCAGAGUGUGGAAUAUGACGUGGACGACUUGCCUGUCACCAAUGAGGAAGAACGUCCUCUCUCACAGUGGGAACUUCGCAGAAGAAUACUGGAAGGGGUCAGUCAGAUAAAAGUCACACAAAGAGAGAGUCGGACAGCAACAAAAAGCUCCAAAACAAGCCCACGUGUUCUGGAGGAAACCCUCUGAUGCAAUCUAAGCGGUAGAUUUUUCUAAACCAUAUAAGGUUGGGAGUUGAAAAUAUAGCUUGCACACAUAUAUAAAUAUUCAAUGCAUAUUUUAUUUUGUUAUCAUGAAGUGAUUUGUUUGUUAGCAUCUGAUUAGUUGUGUAGCGAUAAAGAAGCUCUGUGGUAACCAGCUGGGCUUUUCAUGUGUUACGGGCCAUCUGGCUUCUUCUACACUGCGGUGACACUCGCUGCUAUUCGCCAACACAAAGGCUGGGGGCAGCAGAAAGCUUUUGUCAUUCUAAUUGGCUUGCUUGGAUUUGGAUUGGAGUCUCUCUGAACCUGGACUACGUUUACACUGCAGGCCAAAGUGGACCAAAUCUGAUUUUUUUUUCCAGCUGACUGUUUGGAUUACAAUCAAAUAUGAUCUUUUUCAGGCUCCAGCAUAAACGCGCACCGGCUCCAAUGUAGCCUCGACGUCACUUGCAUACGCAGUUUGAUAAAGUGAAAAUAAAGGAAGUUGGCUGGGUUCCGUAAAUAAACAAGGAAGUCUC